GUUGUGUGGGGGCGGCCACCAGCCUUACUUUUGUCAGGAUUCUGGGGACGAUCCCCAGCCUGCCUUGGAGGAGGACGGCAUGCUCUCACCGAUGCAUGGAUAUGGGACACGGAUGAGCCCACCCGGUCGUGGAGAGAGUGAGAGAGAGAGAGCGCGAAAAGAGGAGUGACAACACGCCAUAAAGCAACCCUACUCCUUCCUAGCUUUCACCACUCCCCUCUUUCUUACUCCUCCCAAGUCCUUGAUGAGGACCAUCGACAUGGGAAGAAGCACUCCUCGUGACUCCCCGUCCUCCCCUUUCUCUUCCUCCUCCACCAGAAGACACUUCCAGUGGAGGAUAAACAAGUGUCCCAAGGAAGGAGCAGCUGAGAGGAAGGAGCGAGAUGACCAGCCGGAUGAAGAGAAAGCCGCUCCCUCUUUCUUGGCCUCCUCCUCAUCCUCAUCCUGUCCUUGCCGAGAAGAGACGGCCGCCGCUGCUGUGCCCAAGAAGAAGAGGACUGCUUCGGUCGCAGACGCUGCGGUCUCCAGGCUUCGGUCGCUUCUCGCGGCCGCGCCUUUCCUCCGCCGGAACCGGAUGGCGGGCCUCGGCGCCCACGUCACGGGGACGCUCUACGGGCACCGGCGCGGCCACGUCCACCUCGCCUUCCAGGCGGACAGCAAGUCGUGCCCGGUGGUGCUGGUCGAGCUGGCCACGGCUACGAGUGCGCUCGUGCGCGAGAUGGCCUCCGGCCUGGUGAGGAUCUCGCUCGAGUGCGAGCGCAAGUCAGGCGGUGGCGGUGAGAAGGCGGAGACGACGACGACAACGGCGACGAGGCUGGUGGAGGAGCCGCUCUGGCGGGCGUACGUCAACGGCAAGAAGUGCGGGUUCGCGGUGCAGCGCGACUGCGGGCCGGCGGACUGGAAGGUACUGAGGGCCGUCGAGCCGGUGUCCAUGGGGGCCGGUGUGAUCCCAGGCGACGGCGGCAGCACCGACAGGGAUGUGAUGUACAUGCGAGCAAGGUUUGAGAGGGUGGUCGGCUCCAAAGACUCGGAGGCCUUCUACAUGAUGAACCCCGACAACAACGGCGGCCCUGAGCUCAGUGUCUAUCUUCUCAGAGUCUAACAACAUCGGACUCUGCUGCUCUGUUUGUGAUAAUAGCCAAACUCCUUAACAUUAAAGUGUAAUCUACAGGUUGUGCUUAGGGUGGGAUGAGUCGCCUUUCUACUUCUUCUCUGGGUAUUGUAAUCCGUCCUCUGUUACUGCUCACUGUGAACAUAAAUCUGCACUGGCUUUUUCCAAGGAAAGCUUCGGCACGGUCUUUUACUU